AAUGGGAGCGCUCGGUUUUUUCUUCGAAAAAUUUCUAUUCUAGGUCUGACACUGUUGCAUAUGGCGGUGUUGAAGGAACGACAUGAGAUGGUAGAACUGAUUGUCUCAGAAUAUCCUCAUACUGUUAAUAUCACUGAUCAGAGUGGAAGAAGUGCUAUUCACUAUGCAGCCACCCAGUCUAAUGCUAUCUACGAUACGCUUAUCGAUCUCGGAGCAGACCCGACGAUUACGGAUUCUGAAGGUCUUACUGCUGAAGAGUGUCGCCGUUCACCUGAUCGCCUACGUCGUACCGUAUCAGCCGAAUCAAGCCUAAUGAUGCGUUCAAUGUCCACCGAUGAUGAAUUUUAUGAUCCAGAUGCGCCGUCCGAUCAUGUGAUCGACGAAUGGAUCGCAAACGGAGAAGUGUCAAAAUUGGAGCAGCUCGUUCUCGAUGGUCGUGGACAUCUCCUCAAAAAACAUCGACCAAUGAAGCAAGUAAGGAGUUCUUACGCGCUAACUGUCUAUUUGCAGUCAAAAAUAGACGCUAUCCACAAAGCAGUCGAAGAUGGUGACGUUCGUCGAGUGAAAUCGCUCAUCGAUCGACAACAAUUGGCUCUUGCCCGAGACACCUACGGAAUGACUCCAUUGCAUAAGGCACUGCUACAUGGCCAGACCAAUACUGUUCGGCAUCUUCUAGCCAAAUAUCCACAGUGCGUCAAUGCCACUGAUCAUGCAGGUCGUACUCCACUUCAUUACGCUGCAGCUGACCCAAAUGGCGAGCAUAUGAUCAAAGUUCUACAGAAAGCCGGUGGAGACGCAUUCAUCGACGAUAAGCAUGGUCAUACACCUUUCUAUUACCGUACACAUGGACAACGUCUGAAUAUGCGCAGUAUGAAGGACAAUGCUGUAAUGAAUCAGUUGAUGUCUGGACAACUGAAUCGAACACUUCUACAAGAUCUCGAAGAAGAUAUCUAUGAUUGGAUUCAUACGGGAAAUGUCGGCAAACUCGAAGAACUUGUCCUCACGGGCUACGGAGAUUUGUUGCUUGGUAGAAAUCAUGAGGUGGAAGAUGCAGACAGUAUUGGCUUCUUGGAAGUGCUACCACAGUACCAGGCCAAAGUGCAAGCAAUUCACAAAGCUGUGGAAACCGGGAACCUUCGAGCAGUGCGGCUAUUGACGGAUCGAAAGAAGCUUGCCCUAUGUCGAGACUCAAGGGGUUUGAGUCCCCUGCACAAGGCAAUAGUCUUCGAUCGAGCCGAUAUCGCCAAAUAUCUCAUCCGAAAUUAUCCACAUGCAGUGAAUGCUAUGGAUCAGAAAAAGCGAACACCACUGCACUAUGCAGCAGCGUAUCGAGAUGGAGGAUAUUUGUACAAAAUGAUGCGCAAAAGUGGAGCGGACCCAAAUAUUUACGAUUGUAAUGGACGUCCAGCCAAGUACUAUUUGAAGCAUAAUGGGGAAAUUGACCUCUCGGCUAUGAGACUCGAUACGAAAGCUGCCUUGAAGCAGGUUCUACAUAACCGUGUGGCACCCAGCUAUCUGGAAUCUUCCAUCCAACAAUGGUUACGAGAUGGUCAACUGGCAAAGCUUGAGCAACUCGUACUUUCUGGAUGCGGUGACCUCCUUCAGAACAGAAACGCUACCAAUGCGGAUACUGUCAAUUUCCUCGAAAACCUACCGGAAUACAUGAGCAAAAUCGACGGAAUCCAUCGAGCCAUAAAAGAAGGCGAUUUGGAGAAGGUCAAGUCGCUUAUGACAUCGAAGAAACUGGCAAUAGCUCGAGACCGAUUUGGCUGUACCCCGCUGCAUGCUGCUGUCGUGCAUGAACACACAGACAUUGUUCGCUUUAUAGCCGGACAUUUCCCUUCUGUACUGAAUGCACCAGACUAUAAUAAACGCACAUCGAUGCAUUACGCAGCAGCAGCUCGUGAUGGUGGCCAUUAUCUGAAGAUCCUGAGUAAAGCUGGAGCCGAUCCAAUGGCAGUUGAUAAUGAAGGUCGCACACCGGAUUACUAUCGAAGGAAUGCCGUCAUCGACCUGAAAAUGAUCAAAGAUCGAGAUGAAGAAUACGAAGUAGUGAACGAAGAGUUGUUAGACGAAGGUCCUAUGCUCGAAAGCCCUGGCAGCGGCGAAAGCGGAUCAGAAGGCUCGCCUAUGGAUUCAGCCCGCCUCAACGAUGAUGACGAUGACGUUGAACGGAAUCGUUUUGAGAAAAUGGUGCUGGGUCGCACUGAUAUGCCAACCUCUGAAAACGGCAUCUAUCUGGCUCGUACUGUUGCACCGGUACUUACAAAAGCACUUGCAGAGGUGCUGCUUCGUCGUCCUGCUGACCCUAUUGGUUUCAUUUCGGAUUACCUACAAAAGUAUCAUGGCGAACUUGCUCAUCGAUCAAAUGGAAAGCUGAAAUGA